UCUCACUGAAAAGACUGACCAAGGGCAAAAACCUUUAUCCUUAAUCCCCUACAUUUAUGAAUCAUUUUCCUUGGAGUCUUAAAGUUAUCAUUAUGGCCUCACAGGCAUUUGAUGAACUUAUUUGAAAUAUUUUUUUCUCUGAUAUGGAUGCAGAGGAGCAUUAUUAAAGUUUUUCUCCUAAAAGUAACAACUGAACUGCUGAAAAGUGAAGACUAUUUUCCUGUUUUUAUUUUUUUAUUUUGUUUAUUUUUGAGGAACAAGUGUGCAGAAAAUCUGUCACAAUGGCACUGGACACCGAGUUUGGUGUGAAGGGCAGCAGCAUCAUCAGGGAAUGGAGUGGACAGGUCCAGCCUGCUCUGGUUGCCUCUUUUGUUUUCCUCUUCUGUCUGGAAGCCUGCCUGUGGGUCAGGAACCUCAGGCUCAAGAGAAGACUGCCAGGACCGUUUGCCUGGCCCGUGGUGGGCAAUGCCAUGCAGCUGGGCCAAAUGCCUCACAUCACCUUUGCCAAGCUGGCCAAAAAAUAUGGCAAUGUGUACCAGAUACGGCUAGGCUGCAAUGACAUUGUGGUUCUGAAUGGAGACAGGGCAAUACGUCAGGCUCUGGUGCAGCACAGCGCAGAGUUUGCAGGCAGACCAAACUUUGUGUCUUUCCAGUCUGUCUCUGGAGGCAGGAGUAUGACAUUUAGUAAUUACAGCAAACAGUGGAAAAUGCACAGGAAAAUUGCACAAUCCACUAUUAGAGCCUUUUCCUCUGCAAACAGUCAGACCAAAAAAGCCUUUGAGCAACAUGUGACAGCUGAGGCUAUGGAGCUGGUGCAGGUAUUUUUGCGUCAGAGCACUGAUGGACAGUAUUUUGAUCCCACUCAUGAAUUUACAGUUGCUGCUGCUAAUGUGAUUUGUGCUCUGUGCUUUGGGAAGCGAUAUGGCCAUGAUGACUUGGAGUUCAGGACCCUGCUGAAAAGGCUGGACAAGUUUGGAGAGACAGUAGGAGCUGGCAGCUUGGUGGAUGUCAUGCCUUGGCUCCAGUCCUUCCCUAAUCCUGUCCGCAGUGUCUAUGAAAACUUCAAACACAUCAAUGAGGAAUUUUUCACCUUUGUGAAAGAUAAAGUGGCGCAGCACAGAGAGACCUUUAACCCUGAUGUGACACGGGACAUGAGUGAUGCCAUUAUCAAUGUGAUUGAGCACGGGAAGGACAGCGGCCUCACCAAAGACUUUGUUGAGGGAACAGUCACAGAUCUAAUUGGUGCGGGUCAGGACACCAUCUCAACUGUUUUGCAGUGGAUUCUGCUGCUUCUGGUCAAAUACCCCGACAUCCAAGCCAAACUGCAGGAGCUUAUUGACAAAGUAGUGGGUGAAGACAGAUUGCCGUCUAUUGAGGACAGAGGCAAGUUGGCAUAUCUGGAUGCCUUCAUCUAUGAGACCAUGCGCUUCACCAGCUUCGUCCCCGUCACCAUCCCACAUUCAACAACAUCAGAUGUCACCAUAGAGGGUCUCCACAUCCCCAAAGACACAGUGGUCUUCAUCAAUCAAUGGUCUGUCAACCACGACCCUCUAAAGUGGAAAGACCCACAUGUCUUCGACCCCUCACGCUUCCUCGAUGAAAACGGGGCCCUCGACAAGGACAUAACCAACAGUGUCAUGAUCUUUUCGACAGGUAAAAGGCGAUGUAUCGGUGACCAGAUCGCCAAGGUGGAAAUCUUUUUAUUUGCAGCAGUGUUGCUGCACCAGUGUAGCUUUGAGAGCAACCCCUCUGAGUCCCUCACUCUUGACUGCUCCUAUGGGCUUACACUGAAACCUCUCCAGUUCAGUAUCAGUGCCAAGCUCAGGGGCAAACUGCUUGGCUUGGUUUCCCCAGCAUGAACUCCCAAUCCCAAUACUGUGACUUAAGGCCAGAAAAGACUAAACACUUUCCCACCAAUGACAUUUAACAGUGAGUAUCGGCAAACCUGCACUAAAUGCUGUUGUAACAUUUGCAUAUUUAAUAUUUAAUGAUUAUCUAAACACAGUCUGUUAUGUCUGAAUUGUUGUUGAUGCAGGGUUGAGAAUAUACAGUCAGCUAUAGUUAGAAUUCAACAAGGCAGAGUUUAAAGCUUGGGGACUGUUGGAAUCAGUGCAAAGGAUGACAAAUUUCUGGUCCACAAAAUACUCUAUACUUGAUCAAAUUUUCUAUAAAAGUAUAACUGUUUCAUUCUGUUUUGUUUGCUAAUAUUAUAUAUAUAUAUAUUAUAUCCACUAUUCGGUAUGUACAUGUAUAUGUGCAGCAAUCAGCAACUUCCCAGCAAUGUCAUUUUAAACUAAUGUAACUGUAUAUGAAAAGUUUGUGAAUAUGUGUGAAUGUUAUGAGGUCACUUGAAGACUUUUUGUUUCUUCACUCUAAUAUUGUGAGAAUAUAUUUAGCCUUUGCCACAUAAAGCAGUUACAAAGUAUUUUUAUAGUUACAUAUUUCAGGUAUGACAAUAAUUUUAAAAAAAUUUAAUCCAUUUCACUAUCUACUGUACUCAAAUGCAUAUGAACACGUUAAAUAUAUUGAGGGGAAAAAAGGAAGAAAUGCUGGAGUGGUUGAGAGGUGAGGAAAUAAAGAGGAAGUCUUUCAUCAAUUAAAGUCUCUCCAACAAAGUCACAAGGACUCGGGAUGAGGGGGAGAUCUUACUGGAGCCUGCAAGUGCGCAGGUUUGACUGCGUGUGGACCGUGAAGACUUCACAAACUUUGUUAUAUCUAGGGUUCAGUUUUACUGUACAAGCACUGCAGCUGUCCCAAGCCAUCCACACAAAGUCUCACUAGUAAAGCCAGUACAAAAGUGCAGCACAAAUAAAUGUUUUUUUUUUCCUCUUCUCACUCAUGAGAUAUUCUCAUAAACUUGUUUGUUUACAAAGCAUGAUCAUCAAAGCUACGUGGAUAUCACGACACCUCUCCUCAAGAGCCUGCAUUCAAGUAUUGAUGUUGCACCGUCCUGAAGAUAUGUCUCUGUCAAAGCAACAUCCUCACAUAGGGUAGGCCUUGAAUGUUCAGGCAAAGAUUCAUCAUAUGGAACAUGUUGUUUUUACUGUUUGCUCUACAUGAGAAAAUUGGAAAAUAAGCUAUAUCUGAAAUAAAUAAAGUGAACUGUCCAUGGUCA